GGCGGCGGCGCGCAGGCGCGGGGCGGCACGUGGCGGCGGCGCCAUGGCGGGCAGGGAGCAGCGGCUGGAGCGAGCGCAGGUGCGGAAGGCGGUGCAGGCCCUGCUGGCGUUCGCGCGGAGCGGGGCGACGCGGCUGCUGGGCGAGGGCGAGAGCGUGUUCCUGGUGGUGACGGUGUGGAAGAUCCCGCGGGCGCCGCGUCUCGUCACGCUGCCGCUGCCGCACGGCAUCCGGGGCGACGCCGCCGAGGUCUGCCUCUUCACCAGGGACGAGCCGGGCCUGUCCGCAGAGCAGACGGAGAGCGCGUACAAGAAGCUGCUGGCGCAGAACGGCGUCUCCAGCGUCAGCCAGAUCAUCUCAUACAAAACUCUGAGAAAAGAAUAUAAACCGUUUGAAGCAAAACGUCGUCUCCUGAACAGGUUUGAUCUCUUUCUGUCUGAUGACCGAAUUAGAAGACUGUUGCCCUCGCAUCUAGGAAAACACUUCUAUCGAAGUAAAAAGGUACCUUUAUCUGUAAACCUGAAAGCCAGCAAUCUUGCUAAGGAACUGCAUAAACAUAUCCAGGGAACCGUACUCCCAGUUACCAACAAAGGUUGCUGUUAUACAGCACGUAUAGGUCACACUGGAAUGAAAGCUGAUGAGAUAUUGGAAAAUGUCGUUGCUGCAGUUGAGGUGAUUGCAAAGAAGUUACCAAAGAAUUGGAAAAACGUAAAAAUUCUUCACCUCAAAACAGCUAAAUCAGUUGCUCUUCCAAUUUUUACUGCACAAAUCUCCAACUUAGAUGAGCUUGACAAAGAGCCAUCUGUCGAUAAACAGGAAGAGAAAAAAAGGGAAAAGAAACCGAAGAAAGCAGGUAAAAAACUGACUUCAAGUGAAGUUGCUGUGACAACUGAAAUUAAUGCUACUGCUGCUAAGGAAGAGCAGGAGAUGAAAGAAAAAGCAGAAGUAGUCCAAGAACCAGAUGAUGAUGAUGAUGGAGAAAUUCCACAGCUAGUGCCUAUUCAAAAACCAACCAGUGUAGCUGAGCUGAAGAAAACAGAACCAAAUCAGAGUCCAGAAAAAGGUGACAAGCUGGGCAAGAAAACCAAAACACGCCUUGGUAAGAGAAAAAGAUCUCUACCUCAGGAGACUCAAAAAACAAAACAUAAAGUUACUGAAGAGCAGGCAGUCUUGCAGAUAUCACAAAAACAAGCCAAGCAGUUCAGCAUGCCAAAGGAGGCAAUAAAGGAAAAAGAGCUGAGAAAGACUCCCAGAAAGCCUGAAGCGAAGUCUUUUGCAACACCUAAAGCUGGCAAAAUAGUACAGUCAUCCAAGAAAUCUUCCAAAAUGCAAAAAUGAACGAACACCCAAGAAAAAAUACACAGCCCACAGUCAGCCUGAGUAUUGUCUAUUAUAACAUUUUAUAUAGUAUUUCAAUGAUGUCUUUUUAGGAAGUCAAUGUGUUCAUGAAAUAAAGCAGCUUCUUAAGGAAAUUUGAUCCUAGGAGCUUUUUUUCACUGAGACCUGUGAUGAUUUGUUAGUAUUUCCUUCUAACAGAGGAUUUGGAACAAAUAAACACACUAGCUUGGUUGACUGUAUUUCUUCUAUUAUAGAGUAGGAAAAGAUAAGUUCUCAAGAUUUUGUGUCAAAGGGCGGGAGGUGAUUAUUCUAUACAAAAGUUGAGAAAUACUGCAUAGAGUGACCUCUUUCCCUCGGCAUAACUUGGCACUGGAACAAAUAAAGGCUAAAACAAGUACCAAGAGCAAUCAAUUUAGCUUAAAAUUUACAACGUUAAGUCUGAAAUAGCUGCUAUAAAUUUUCUUGAAUUGUUCAAUAUAAUGAAAAUAGGAUGAGAUCUAUCAAUUUUAUUCCAGGUAUGUAAGUCAGCAGCUUGACUACAGGCAAAGAUUAAUGUAUUCUAGCUAUUUUUACUUCGGUAUUUGCAGGUUAAAAAUAUGGACAAUUUAGUAGAUUUGGAUAUUUAUUCAAAAUAAAACUUUAAACUGUCAGUUCUGGAAUUGAGAGUCAUAGCUAUGAGAGGGGGUAACAUGUUGGUAUUAGAUUUCUUUCAUAAUGUAGGGUUUUUUAUUGAAAUGGCAAGUAGUCUUUUGCAGCAGUGAAUAGUAUAAGAAACUUUUUCUUCUAUGUAUUUUGCACAAGUGUUCAAUAACUAUACAUGCUACUAUCAGCAAGCAUAUUUUUCCUUUCAGUUCAAGCAAAAGGCGGGUUCAGUAGCUUGAACAGUUCAACAGUUCCUGGCAGUGCAGUUUAUUUUCAUCUUGUGCUAGUUCCUCUGUGAUUCUGCCUCCAUUCUCAAUCAACUGUUCUUUACUGUCACUCGUUCAUCCAUCCCCCGAUUGGUUAAACUGUUUUUCUAUCUUGUUAUGUCUGUGCAAUUUUGCCCCCAACAUCCACUCUUUUCAGUCUUUCUUCUCUAUGUGUUGUUUUUUUUGUUUUGUUUUGUUUUUUUUUUAUUUUUUUGUUCUUCACAAUAACUAUUUAACUUGAAAAUUAUCUUUUGGUACGGCUCCUGUUUUGAAUUCUCUCCUCUUCCUUGUUCUUUCUUCACACAGCAAUAAUGUAGCUCUCUGUUACCUCUAUUCACAGGAAGAUGGGAGAAUUGGGUAUCUGUUCUGCCUUAGAAGUGGAAUAUAAUAAAUUCCUCUAUAUAUUUACACCUA